AUGGUGAAUUCCAUUUACUACGAUCCCAACGACGACCGCGACGACGAAGCGCUGGGGAAUAAGGUCCAUGCCGACGCCAACACUUUGGAUUCGAUCAAAAGCAGUGGUGAGGCUGUGGCCCAGGUCGAUGAGAUUCAGGAGUCUGGAGACGAGACGAGGGAAAGGUUCCCUAUUGAGCGCAGAUUGGCUUGA